UCUCCCUCUCCCUCUCCCUCUCCCUCUCCCUCUCUCCAUCGGCGGUUCUCUCUUUGAAAUUUCUCUUUCUGGUUUCACAAUGUGAAACCUCUUUUGCAUCUUUUCACUAUCCUCUUCAGAAGAAUUCAACUUUCGAGCAGAUUCUCAGUGAAGAAAGCUAAAAAAAUUUGAGUAUUUGAGCCCAUUCUUAUCUCUGAGAUCUCUGACGAGACUGUUGGUAAGAAAAUGUCACAGAAUGGGGAAGGAAAGUAUAAGUCCAGAACUCUAAUAGAUGCAUCAGAAGACAGUCCAGUGGCUUCAAGUGAGAAUGUAAAAGUCUUUUCAAAGGAGCUUGUCCAGGUCGAUGGAGAUGGUUCUUGCUUUCUGGCUGCGGAGGAUGAAGUAAUAGGGGUUGAACAUUUAUUAGCAGAGCCCAACUGCAAUGACUUAGAAGUUGAUGGCCUUCUAAAUUUUGACACAUUCAAUCCGCAAAAGUGCUUCAAUAUUGAUGAAUUUUCAGCUGCUGGGUAUGGGCAUUUCAGAAAUGAGAGCGGUGCUUUGGAUUCUAGUCUUUCCAAGGGCGAGAAAACAAAAGAUGAAGUGCUUGAUGGAAUGCUGGAAGGAGCAGAUGAUAAGAUUCUUGCUGGAAAAAAUAAUCUUUCCGAUGCAUGUGAAGAUUACCUUUUGGAUACUGAGUUCGAUGACUACAUUUCCAAUCUGAAUUGCAUUCCAAGCAAAGGAUCAUGUAUGAGAAACUCAGACUUAGAACACCACUCUGCGAUUUUGGGUGGCAGGGAAUGUGGUGCUGAGGUGACUGAAUUGUCUAAUGCAAGUAUCCCAGCGCUUGAAGUUAUCUCUGAUCAGAAUACUUUGUUGCUCAACAAGAUGGCAAAUGAUGAAUUACACGAGGCUUUUGGUAACAUGGUUGGCCAUGAAACAGCAGUUACAGACAAGCAAUGGCUGAAGCACCGCAUAUCAUUUGGCUUGCAGAAUCUGGAGGAGUUGGACAAUAGUUUGAGGCUCUCAGAAUCUCAAGAGACUUCCAAUGAAGAUAAAAGGGAAAUUGGUUUCUCAACAAGUGAUGAGAGCUCCCUAAGAGCAUCCAGUGCCUUCACAGAUGUGUUCAACUUCAAAACAAAGCCAAGAGUCCGACAUGUGAAGAAAAAGAGGGAUACUGGAUCUGAAUCUGUGAUGAAUUUCGCUUCUGAGCUUAAUGAGUUAGUUUUUGGUUUUCCGGAGUCAGGAGAGAAGGAAAGCAUGGUGGUUACAAGAAAGAGAGUGCGUAAGCCUACCCAGAGGUACAUCGAAGAUCAUUUGGAACAGAAGUCAAGAUACAAGAGGAAGAAAAGUGGGAUUUCUGAUACAUGUUCGAAAGAUAAAAUUCUCCCUACUAAAUGUGCCGGGCAAAAUUACAAAAGGGGAUCUGGAUCCACAUCGGUGGUUUGUCGCAAGGAAACUUACAGAGGAGCUUGUAUUCAGGUUCCAUUUGGUCUUCCGGUUCAAGAAGGGUGCUCGAAGAAAAAGGAGCAUGAAUCUGCGAAAUGCAAAGAUAUUAUACUCCAACCUUCAAAUGUAGAAUUUGAUACAAAGCCUUAUUCAGCUGAGUCACCUGAUAGCACAUAUGAAGAUGAUUGCAUCACAUGGACCAAGACUAAGCAAGUUAAGCAACGGAGAAAGCACCAUUUGGUGUGGUCCCUUCCUGAGGUGUUAAAGUUGGUUGAAGGUGUUUCCAAGUAUGGAGUUGGGAGAUGGACUGAAAUAAAGAGGCUGUUGUUCUCAUCAUCUGCGCACCGCACAUCAGUAGAUCUUAAGGACAAAUGGCGAAAUCUUUUAAGGGCUAGCUGCACACGGUUGCAAAGCAGGCGAGGGGCUGAACCCAAACGAAAACAUGCAUCACACUCUGUACCACAGCAUAUUCUGCGACGUGUUCGAGAGCUGGCUGUCAUCUAUCCAUAUCCGAGGGAACGGAGGAUCAAGGUCUCCCCAACUGCCGCCGUUGCCUCUCCCAUGGUCGUUCCAAGGCGUGAUCAUUUAGUGCCUCUGAAAACUGCUGUAAGAGUGUAAUGUACAGCGAAAAUUUUAUUAGACACUGCAUAUAGACUAGGAUACCGGUUGAAAAAGGAAAAAAAAAAUACCGUGAAAGAAAACCUUUCUGCUACAAGUGCUAUUAAUUUCUUUGCUAUUUUAUGCACCGCAUUGUGAAGUUUCUCUGCUCUUCUAUAAUUUGGGUGGCUUAGUGUGUGGUACUUGUGAAGGUAGCCAUAAUCUUUCUGUUGCGCUUUACUUAUAUUGCUGAUGGGUUUAACUACACUUUGC